UUCUCUGAGUUGAGCGUAGUAAUCGGAUGUAGUCCAGUUUAUUGUCCAAAGAGCGUUCGUUAGCCAGUACGAUGGUGGGGAUAGAUGGCUUGUGUGGGUUAGCUAGGUUACCCAGAUACCUCCGCGCUUAUCCCUCUUCCGCUUCCUCUCACGCCGCUUGUGGCGCCUCCGCUGUGGUCGAGAUGCAGUAAUGGGGGUCGGUGAUGGUGUAGGCCUCUGGAGCAGACCGAGGUCCCGCAGCUCUUCCACGUGCGCGGAGUUUAACUCUAAAAAUGUUGUCUGCCGACAUCCAGCAGAAACUCACGACUGUAUGUGUGCUUUAAGACAGGUAGACGUGAUGAAGACGUACAAAAACACUGUGACUCACAAGAAAAAAAAACACGAAAACACCGUUCUGAUGGGAGAGAGAGAGAAGUCGCUGUGUGUGGACACGACGCCAUCUUGGAAGAAGGGAGGUAUCGGUCGCCGUCUCCCCUGUAGUGGGCCACAGGCUCCAAACGGUAGUGUCUGUUGCCGCCUUCCCUGAUACAGGCCAGAGACUCAGAACUACAAACCAAACUACAACAAGAAUACAUUUGGCAAGGUUACGAACACAUUAAAGAAUCCAUGUGACACUAUUAUAAAGAUGGCAUUAAUUAAAGUGGAGAGUAAAUACAUGAAGAUUGAAGAAACAUUCAGAGACAAACAUGAAGAUACUGAGGAACAAACAAAGAUGGAGUUUAUUAAAGAGGAGAGUGAAGACAUGAAGAUUCAAGAAACAUUCAUAAUCAAACAUGAAGAUACUGAGGAACAAACAAAGAUGUUGUUUAUUAAAGAGGAGCGUAAAGACAUGAAGAUUGAAGAAACAUUCAGAGUCAAACAUGAAGAUACUGAGGAACAAACAGACCUGAUGACACUGAAAGAGGAGAGUCAAGAACUCAGUGUUCAACAUGAGAAAUAUGAUUUCAUGACUGGAGAAAAAUCAAUUAUUUGCUUGCAUACUGAAAAGAUUCAAAAGACAGCAAAUAGAAGUUAUUUCACCUGCCAACAGUGCGGGAAAGGUUUCACCAGAAAAGGAAAUCUUGAAGUUCACAUGAGAGUUCACACUGGAGAGAAACCUUUCACCUGCCAACAGUGUGGAAAGAGUUUCAUUAAAAAAACAAACCUUAAAACCCACAUGAGAAUUCACAGUGGAGAGAAGCCUUACACAUGCCCUCAAUGUGGAAAAAGUUUUAAACAUAAACACCACCUCGAUGACCACAAGAGAAUUCAUACUGGAGAGAAACCUUUCACCUGCCAACAGUGUGGAAAGAGUUUCGCUCACAAAGGAAACCUUGGAGAUCACAUGAGUGUUCACACUGGAGAGAAACCUUUCACCUGCAAACUGUGUGGAAAGAACUUCAUUCGAAAAUCAAACCUUAAAUACCACAUGAGAAUUCACAGUGGAGAGAAGCCUUUCAUAUGUUCUCAAUGUGGAAAAAGUUUUAAACAUAAACACCACCUCGAUGACCACAAGAGAAUUCAUACUGGAGAGAAACCUUUCACCUGCCAACAAUGUGGGCAGAGUUUCGCUCACAAAGGAAACCUUGGAGACCACAUGAAAGUUCAUUCUGGAGAGAAGCCUUUCACCUGCAAACUGUGUGGAAAGAACUUCAUUCGAAAAUCAAACCUUAAAUACCACAUGAGAAUUCACAGUGGAGAGAAACCUUACACAUGUUCUCAAUGUGGAAAAAGUUUUACACACAAACAACACCUCAAUGCCCACAUGAGGAUUCAUACUGGAGAGAAACCUUUCACCUGCCAACAUUGUGGAAAGAGCUUCACUAAAAAAGGAAACCUUAAAAAACACAUGAAGAUUCACACUGGAGAGAAGCCGUUUACAUGUGAUCAGAGUUUUGAAUGUAAAGUAGCACUUUAACGUGUUCAGUCACACCGGUGUGAUUAUUGUUCAGUGUCAGUGUUUUAGCAGUACGGAACUGCUAAAUUCAGAUAUGCUUUCGUGUUUGGCUGGUUUUGAGCCAGAGGUGGACGUCGUGCCCAGCGUUUGUUAUAUCCCUUAUGAAAAUGCCACAAAAGACUGCUUUGUAAGUAAUCUUCCUGACUUAUCUCAAUUCCUCAGCAUAUCAAAUAGCUCAGAAAAAUGUUUUCUAACAUUUUAGCUACGGAUGCGCCUCUAAGCUUAAGAAAGAUUAAGAAAAAUAGUCUGACACAGUGGUAUAAUGAGCACACUUACGCUCAUUGCACUCGACUGGAUGAAAUCAAAACUAGAGGUAUUCCAUAUUGCAUGGCAGGAAGGUACCUUCUCCUACAGAAAAGCAUUAAAAACCGCUAGAUCUGAAUAUUUUCUUCUCUUUUAGAAGAAAACAAACCCAGAUAUUUAUUCAAUAUAGUGGCUAAGUUAAUGAAAAAUAAAGCAUCAACAUGUAUUGAUAUUUCAUAGGAGCCUAACAGUAAUGAUUUUAUGAACUACUAUACUUCCAAAAUCAAACUAUUAGGGAUAAAAUUAUAACCAUGCAGCCGUCAGCUACAGUAUCGCAUCAGACAGUACACUAUAGAUCUCCUGAGGAACUAGGGUUGUCAAUUUUCGAUCAUUUCAACGUCAUUUAAAUUAAUAAUCAAUUAGUCGAUUAAUUGUUAACCUUGUUGCAAUGCUGCAAAAUGCGUCUAUUGCAGCGGCACGCAGUCACCUGUAUGACUGGAUAUGCAAAAGCCAUUUAAAAAAAAAAAAAAAAAAAAGAUUUCUUACCCGAAUUGAAAGGGUUUUAGUCUGAAUAAAAUGCUAGUAGCAGGAUUAUAAAAUUAAUAGACGUGAUUAUGAUCAUUUGAUAAAAUUAAGAGAGUGCGCCGUACGUCAGAGAUCAUUUUACUUUGUUGACUGUUUCCUAUCCCGUCACGGAGACUGCUUAACGUGCCUCUUUAAAUGGUUUCGUGGUCCUCGUUGUUGUAUUUUUAAACACAAUUGCGAUUGUUUUCAACUGACAUUAUGGCAUUUAAAAUAAAAUGAUUAGAAAUGUAAUUGUGGCGCAUGUGGCUGCGCUGCACAAUCAGUGAACUGCUUCCAUCGGCGCUGCUGCAGCAAAACACACUGUUGUUAACAUUUAAACAUUUUUAUGUGAUUAUUAUGACCAGUACUCAAUUGGAUCCUGCUGGAUCCUGUUGCAGAAAAUACCAGAUUUUUAAUUUUUGCAUUCCGGCCUAUUGGUUUUUAAAAAUCCGGCAUUUAAAGAUGCAUUAGAUUGUGACAGUGCAUGCGUGCAGACGAGGAUGGAGCGAGGGUUUUGUUGGAUUUAUUUGGAGGUUAUUGCUCACGUCUCAUUCAGUACAAAUCCAAAUGUUUCCAUAUUCGCAAUGUAUUUUAAUGUUAAACUAUUAUUUAUAAUGUAAACUAGGCUUGUACUUUAAACACAUUCACAUAUAUACGGAAAAGAUCCUCUUCACAUGAGCAAAAACGUCUUUGGCAUAACAGCAGAGUGGACCGGUAUACUACAGUCUAUUUAAACUGACCAGUGUAACCUUUUAUAUGUUUGGUUGACUGUAUUUUAUUUUGAUAAUGAACAGACUGCAAUCCAAGUUUGAAUUGCUAGAAUAUGUGGGGUGUUGAGGUGCCCGUGUUUUCGAACACCUGUGACAUAAAAAAAAAAAAAUAAUUUUGGCGUAAAGGCCCCGAUAUACUUCAAACGAAACUGAAGAACGAACUGAUAUGUUGUCAUUUAGAAAAAAAUCAGGCCGAAACAAAGUUUGUUUUGGCAGUUCGAAACAGCUGACCAAAGCGAACUUUCUGAGGGAGGCGGCUGUUAGUGAGCCGACACUGCCGCAUCUGAGCCGGAAUCGUCCCCACACAAGUGUAUAUCAUGCUGGACGUGGCCCGGGUUAAUUUUUAAUAUCUACUUUAUUGUUCACUAAUAGUUCAUUUAAAAUUGAUACGCAGCCAAAAUGUUUACUUUCAUUGUAAUUAUAAAUAUAUAAACAUCUGAUUGUGAUGAAUGCAUUUUUGAAGUAAAGAACUCACUUGAUUAAGUUGGCAUGAGAAAAACUUAUUUACACAACAAUUUAUUUGCAAAACUAUGCAAUUACAGCAAAAAAAAAGUUAUACAGAAAGUAUUUAUAUAUAGAACAACAUUUAGCGAAAUUACCCUUGCAUUUAUUUAUACUUAGAAACUAAAAUUUAACACGUAUAAACAAACACUCAGGUGACACUUUACAAUAAGAUUUCAUUUGUUAACAUUAGCUACCUACUCAACAUGAACUAACAUGCCAAAUACUUGAUAUUAACCUUAGUUAAAUGUAGUUAAUAUAUUAACCUAGUUAAUUUCAACAUUUACUAAUACAUUUUUAAGAUCAAAAGUUGUGCCUGUUGACAUUAUUUAAUGGAUCAGAGCGAACAUGAACUAACAAAGAACAGUUGUUGUUUUUUAACAGUAUCAAAGAUUAAUGCAUAUUGUAACAAAUGUAUUGCUCAUUGUUAUUUAAUGUUGAUUUCAACAUUUAAAGAAGUGUGAAGUCUCCACACUGAAAAUUACUGCUCCAGAAGAAUUUAUUCAAGCAAUGUUUCGACCCUCAGGUCUUCAUCAGGCACAAUAUCAAUGAAAAAUGUCAACUUUAAAUAGACACAGGUGAUCACCUUAAUUAGGCACACCCAAGAAAUCAUGUGAUAAAUACAAGUUUUUUUUGUAUUUUUAAUUUCAACAUUUACUAAUAUUAACUAAUGAUACCUUAAUUGUAAAGAGACACCAAAACUUGAACAACACAUUAGUAAAUGGCAAAGUUUUAAAAUUAAAAACAUUUUGUACUUUUAUUUAUCUAAUCAUUCACAACAGGGUUCCUUAAUUAGUUUUCGCUGGGGGCCGAAUUCUUCCAAUGACACCAAGCCAAGGGCCACUGACCUAGGCUAUAUACAGGUGCAUCUCAAUAAAUUAGAAUGUUGUGGAAAAGUUAAUUUAUUUCAGUAAUUCAACUCA